UUCACCCCUCAUGAGUUUGCAGGUAUGAGUUUAACACCCUUCUCUGCUCUUCCAUUCGAGCAGUUACCCACCCAUGACUCUAGAGUAGAGACUGUGUCUGUCCCACGGCCACUUCAAUUAAAUAAAUCAAAAGUAAGCAGAAGAGGAGUCGGACACAAUAACCUUAUACAAGUUAACACCAUUAUUUCAGCAGUGCAACAAAACAGGACUAUUAAAUGUGGACUCCUAAAUAUUCGAUCUCUGUCAUCUAAAGCUGUGUUACUAAAUGAUUUAAUAUCAGAUAAUCACAUUGAUUUAUGUUGCCUAACUGAAACCUGGCUGAGCCAUGAAGAAUAUGUCUGCCUGAAUGAAUCGACUCCUCCAAGUCAUAUUAAUACUCACAUUCCUCGAGGCACCGGUCGAGGAGGUGGAGUAGCAGCCAUCUUUGAAUCGAGCCUAUUAAUUAAUCCUCAACCAAAAUUACACUACACCUCAUUUGAAAGCCUUGUUCUUAGUCUUUCACAUCCAACCUGGAAAACACUACAGCCAAUUCGAUUUGUGAUUCUGUACCGGCCACCAGGUCCAUAUUCAGAGUUUAUAUCUGAAUUCUCAGAAUUUAUAUCAAGUUUGGUUCUUAAAACUGAUAAAGUUAUUAUUGUAGGAGAUUUUAAUAUCCAUGUGGAUGUUGAUAAUGAUUGCCUUAGUGCUGCAUUCAUCUCCUUGUUGGACUCGAUUGGCUUCUGUCAGAGAGUACAGAAACCCACUCACAGCUUUGGCCACACGCUUGAUCUUGUUCUUACUUAUGGCGUUGACAUUGAGCAUUUGAACGUCUUCCCACAGAAUCCUCUUCUGUCAGACCACAACCUCAUAACUUUUGAAUUUAUACUACCGGAGUGUACUCCGUUAGUCAAUAGUUUCUACACCAGAUGUCUAACUGACAGUGCUGUAGCUAAAUUUAAAGAAGCGAUUCCUUCUGUAUUUGAUUCGAUACCACGUCUCAAUAUAACAGAGGACUCCUGGUCUAACUUUAGUCCGUCCCAGAUGGAUCAUCUUGUUGACAGUGCCACAGGCUCUCUGAGAAUGACACUGGACUCGAUAGCCCCUCUGAAGAAGAAGACAGUGAGGAAGAGGAGGUUUGCUCCCUGGUAUAACCCUCAGACCCACAAACUGAAGCAAACGUUACGAAAGCUUGAACGCAUAUGGCGUUCAACUAAUCUGGAAGAAUCCCGCUUAGUUUGGCGAGAUAGUCUUAAAACAUAUAAGAAGGCCCUCCGUAAUGCCAGAGCAGCCUAUUACUCAUCAGUAAUAGAGAAAAAUAAGAACAACCCCAGGUUUCUCUUCAGCACUGUAGCUGACAGAGAGUCACAGCUCUGUGGAGCCGAGCAUUCCUAUAGACCUCAGUGGUAAUGACUUCAUGAACUUCUUUAAUGAAAAGAUUUUAACUAUUAGGGACAAGAUUAAUAAUCUCUUGCCCUUAACCAAUGCCAAUCUGUCCUCAAGUGGAAUGGCCUUGGAAACCGCUGUAUGCCCUGGUGUAUAUUUGGAGGGCUUUUCUCCCAUCAACCGUGACCAAUUAUCUUCAACGGUUUCUACUUCGAACACGUCUACCUGUCUCUUGGACCCCAUCCCGACGAGGCUGCUUAAAGACGUUUUGCCUUUAAUUGGCGGCUCUCUAUUAGAUAUUAUCAAUGUGUCUCUGCUAACAGGCCACGUACCACACUCCUUCAAAGUGGCUGUUAUUAAACCUCUCCUGAAGAA